CAGAGCCACCGGAAGUCUCAGCCGAGCCCCGUCGAGGAAAGCAGCGACCCAUCAGCAACCUCCGUCAGCGAGAACGCACGGGAAACCGCUGCAGCACCCUCCGGCUGCCGCUACAGCGCCUCGCCGGUUCCGAGCAGCAACCGAGCAGUCGAGGAGACUCAACCAGUCCAGGCCGUGAGCAGCGGGACACCGGGUUGCAGCAAUUCGAGUUGUUGUCCCGGAACCGAGAGCCUGCUAGUCUAGCCUUUGUCUAUUUCCUUUUCGAAACUUUGAAGAGAGCAAUUUGAGUUGGCCAAAUGGUAGCUGAUCAGCGGAAAAAGCGAGCAAAUGCUGCUAGUUUAGUGGGCUGUACUUCUCGUGGGCAAUGUAAGGUGAACAGGAAGAAACUUAGAGUUCAGAAACACGGUGUUAACAUGAUGCCGAACAUUUCUCUUGAGUGGGAUAACAAGAAAAAAACUGUAGUAUCAAAGAGGGGGCAGAUUGGUAUUGCACGGAGGCACUUGAUUUCAUUUCUUGAGCCUGGUUCUCCUGGCCACAGCGUUUUGGCUGAUGUCUGCUCUGUUCCUCAGGAGAUAUUUGAAUUAGAAAAUCUGCGUGAGGUUCUCACGUAUGAGGUCUGGCAGAGUAAUUUGUCCGACACUGAAAGAUACUUUCUUUCACAGUUCCUUCCGAAAGUGCCUGAACCAGAUAUAAUUAUUCAAGACUUGCUUGCUGGGGAAGACUUCCAAUUUGGAAAUCCUUUUAUAAAAUGGGGAUCUUCUCUUUGCUAUGGGGAGCUUCACCCUGAUAAUAUCCUUCACAAGGAGCCGUCUCUCAAAGCUGUCAAGAAGGCAUAUUACUUGGAUUUACAGAAGUAUCACUCAUGUAUGAUUGUGAAUUUGGAGAAGUGGAAGGAAAAGUGGGCUAGUUGCAAAGACCCUGAAGAGGAAAUUGUGCAGAAUUUAUGGAGUUCUAGACGGCCUGGGGAAAAAAGUGUGCUUUUGCUGGAGAGUAGAGUCAACGAUAAUGAAGAGAACCUUGUUGCCACACCCGAGUCUUGCUCUUGGAAUAAUUCCGAGGUAGCAUAUAGUAGCGACAACCAAAACUUAGGAACCGUCCGAGGAGAGUCCAAGAGGGGAAAUGGCUUCUUGAGAAAAAAAUCUGAUAAUUCCUUAAGUGAGCUAAAGGCGGUGACUUCUGUAUCUAGAAAAGGGGAACAGGUACACAAGCAGAAUAUCCAGCAAAGUGAUGGAACCAAAUAUAUGUCUUACAUCAAGGUCAGCAGAGAACAGCACGAACGCGUAAAAAGCAGCAUGAAGAAUGCUUCUAAUUGCUUUCAUCCAAGGUCUUUAAAUAAUUUUUUAGGUACUGAUGCUCUAAAUGUUCAACCUUAUGAAAGAUUUGUGGAGGAGGAGAAGAAAAAGCUGCAUCAACAUUGGUUGAAAUUGGCUACUUCAGAUGUCCCUGAAGGUUUUGCUCACUGGGUAAAGAGAGAAUUACAAAAACAAGCGCUAGCACGGUCCUUGGGUGAAGAAAUAGGACAAAAGCUGGAGCUUCAGACUACUCUGGAUGAGGAGAAAAAGGGUUCUCCGAAUGAGCAAAUGGACCUCUCAGAUGAUAAUGAAGAUGAGUUCCUGCCUCCAAUCACAGCUGAGGAGGUGGAUGAAGAGCAAUCAGGCGAUUUGGUUCAGGAGCGGGAGGACAAUGAAGAUGCAAUUCAUCUGAUGGAAACAAAAGCAGAGGAUGAGAAGGAAUUGGUGUGCGACUACAUAUAUGAGCAAACACAUGAUGAUUCAAAACUGACUGUAGAUGAAGACAUUCCCAACCAAGUUUUCAUUGAGGAUAAUAAUCAACAACAGUUGAUUGCAUCACUUAAUAAUAAUAGCCCUAGGAGAACUAUGAUAUCGUCUCCCAGCCCUGGUUUUUAUGAGCAGAAAAAUUGUUCUGUUAAUCAAGAAAAAUGGUUCUCUUCAAUUCCAUCAGAGUACCCUGUGGUGGAUCCACUCCCAUCCUAUGGUGAUAUUUGGCCUGUGGGUGAUGUUCAUGGUUCUUAUUAUCAUGACUCCAUGAAUGCUAGAUAUUUGCCUGCUCCUCAAGAGCUGUCGAUUGGGAAUCAUCCGCAGCAAUUUAUUACUGGGCAAGAAGUGAAACUGCUUGAUGACAUGGAGAUUGACAGUCGGGAUAAAGAUGUUAGUAGUGGUGGGAAGGAUAUGCCUUUGUUUGAUUCUUACGUGAACCUGAACAGAAACGAAAUAUAUCAUUCUCUUCGUGAUUCAGCGUACAAUCGGCAGCAAAAGCAAUCGGAGGGUUUAGGGUUCCAGCCUGGGAACAACGAUGUACUGGUGGAGGCAUUUCCUGGGCAGUUUAGGGAUCAGGUUUAUCCAAUGCCUCUUCCUCUGGAUUUGAGGCAAAAGAGACCGAAUGAUAAUCAUCUGCACCCACAUCAUCACAACAUUCAGGAGAGUAGUAGUAGUAUUUUUCCUGGAGGCCAUUUUUUGAUCCCCAGGCAGGAUGCAAGUGUUAUGCAGGAGUGGACAGGUGUCAACAGCAAUAUGCGGUUGCAGCAGCAGCAGUUGAGUCAAAGCUGGUUUAAUGGUAAUAACAAUAACAAUACAUGCAACAACAAUGGAACAACGAGGGAUGGAUGGCCAUCUUCCCUUGAGGUGGGUGUGAGCGGGCAGCAUGGCAGAAACUCAGAUGGGACUCUAUUUAGUGUCCUCUCUGAAUGUAAUGAGUUAAUACCUCGAGGAGCCAGCUACAAUGGAACAUCAGCAGCAGCAGGCCAACGGAUAAUCCUGGCCGGGAACUACACUAGUAAUGGGAUUAUUGGUGGAGGAAUGUCAGCUCCUCCGGGAAGCAGCAGCUCGUUGGGGUAGACGACUGUUGUCUCUCAGUCUCUGUACGUUGUGUCCCACCCACAAUUCAUUAAUUAAUCCGUCUUACCGCAAGCGUUAAAAAAUGUCGGCCGUUUUGUAAUAUCCUUGGAGAUUAGCUUGUAGAGCAUCUCAACAGAUGAAGAAACAAAAUCCCAUUUCUUUAAUCUAUGUAUUUCAAUCUCCAUAUGCCGACAGCGGAGGAGAAGACGAUGUCGAGGAAAAACAAAGACGUGAUCCGGAUAGAACAAGAAUCCGUCAUACCUGUCCUCAAGCCAAGGCCCAUCGUCCACUUGGCCAACCUUAUUGAACAUAGCUCUGAUCGUACUGAGUUUUUGAAACUAUGUAAGAGAGUGGAGUACACAAUCCGAGCUUGGUACAUGUUGCAGUUUGAGGACCUCAUGCAACUGUACUCUCUCUUUGAUCCUGUCCAUGGCACUCAGAAAUUGUAGCAACAGCGGUUAUCUUCAGAUGAAAUUGACGUUCUUGAGCAGAAUUUCUUGAGAUAUCAGGUAUCAUUUUACAUAUGUAUAUCCGGAUAUAUGAGCUCUUCUCCCAUCCAGAAAGUUCAGAGGUUUAGUUAACCCUAAGCUCACAUUUUUAUAAUGUUAUACCUGUGGGUGAUUUUCCCUCACAUUCACCAUUACAUAUCAUUUAUGAUUCUAAUGCAAGAAGGCUCCCAACCCUGUUAGGUGGUACACCAGGUUGCAUCAGUUGCUCUAUGAUAUGUUGUUUGCUCUCCUAUGAAACUUUCGAUCUCCUACAUUGGGAGGAGGGCAUAGGGGAUGCAGCAGUCGUUUGCAUCUAAGGCCUCCCUUUGUAAAUCUUUUCUUAUGGCAGUUAUUUCCCAUUGUUUUCUCUAUUCUAUUUUACUACGCAGGUUAUGAAGAAAAGCAAUUUCAAAAUAGCCACUCAAGAAGAGAUUGAGGUUGCGCAUUCAGGGCAGUAUCUCCUCAAUCUGCCCAUCACAGUUGAUGAAUCUAAGCUUGAUAAGAAGCUUUUGAAGAGUUUCUUCGAAUCUAAUCCUCAUGAGAACCUUCCUGAUUUUGCCGAUAAGUACAUAAUCAUCCGGCUUGGGAUCGGCAUUGAUAAGACAACUGAUUAUUUUUUCAUGGAGAAAGUGGAUGUGAUCAUUUCACGUUUCUGGUCAUGGAUUUUGAGAAAGACCAGAUUAGAGAAGGUUCUUCCGAGAAGAUGAAGUUCACGGCUUAAGAAGGAUCCAAAAAAAGACGAUGGAAUUGUCUCUGAAGCAGAAUCUGAUGACUUAUACGUUGUCCGUCUUGAGAAUAUGGAGGUUUUCUGAAAGUCUGCUGUAGUGUUUCUUAUCAUUGUCUUUUUUGUUCUUCUUCGUCAGUUUUUUCAGCAUUUGGAAUCUAAACUUCGAACUAAGUGGUGGCGCAUAGCCUGUUUAAAAGAUUUUCCUUGUAAUUGUUACUUUACAGUUUACAGAUGCUGCAUGAUGAACUUCUGAACUCAACACUAGUGCAUUCUGUUAAAAUAUUCUUUGACGUUGCUCAAAUUCAAAGUUCAAUUUGUUUAACUAGUACCAAUAAGUAGAUGUUCGUUCCUAAAGGGAAAAGAUCUUAGAAGUACUUUCAUUAUUAUUAAUUCUUAAUAGAUGGAAAUAUACGGCACAGGGAUGGAUUAUUUUUGCUAAGCUUUUCUUUCUUGUAACCUUUGAUGAAAGAGUUUAAGCUGUAGUGUGGUGCUGAAAAGUCAAGUUCAGCGUGUUAGUAUUUAUAUGCUGUAAGGUUAUUUUAUUGACGUGUUUACUAAUGUUAUAUUGUUGAUGGCUCUUGUUUCAGUUUACGGAACUUGUUGAGUAAACUUACAAUUCAAGAACCCACUUUUGAUAGGAUCAUUGUUGUCUACAGGUGUUCACGUUCUACAUAAUGGAUUGUGCAUGGGUAGCAUGCUAAUCCAUCCAAUCUUCAGACUUAAUUUGUUGUGAAGAGGCUGUUUUUUGACUUUAGCGGGCAGGCUCACAAUACUUGUAUUAGUAAUGAUCUGAUGCUGAUUGUGGACUUUCUGAGGUUUCAUUUGUUUUUCCAUUUUGAUGGUUUACUCUGAUGUCUGUCUAUUUGGUUGGUAUUGAUUUUGCUUGUAUCUAAUUGUCAGGUUUCAACAGAAUAUGGCUACUUAUCAGAACCUAAUAACUCAAUCUAUGUAUCGAAGGGGCACUCUUCUUCACUUGUGUGAUGAUGUAAUUCAGCAAGAAGUGAAAGAGGUCAUAAUUUCAUUUUUCAUAUUGAUGGAAAACGGGAAAGCCACUUUGGAGGAUCUUGACCAGCAAUGUGAGGAAUUAAUACGAGAUGAAUGUGGUGAACGCUGUAAUUUUGAUGUUGAUGAUGCGGUUCACAAAUUGGAGAAAUUGGGCAUAGUUUGUCGCGAUACAAUUAGAAGGUAUUACAGCGUUGGGCUAAAGAGGGCGAAUGAGAUCAUCGGCACAACCACCAAAGAACUUGUACUGAAAGCUAAACAAGGAUCUUCUUCUGCUUGAAAUAUAGUAUUAUGACUAUGAGCAGCCUUUGAAUUUCAGGUCCUUUGUUUUGCUUCCAAUGGCGUAAAACCUGAAAAUUUAAGAGUGUGAUAGUUUCUAGUGUUUAGAAGAUGUCCAUUUUAGUUGUCUUGUAGAUGUUGGAUGCGGCGUGGUUGUAAUUUGCUGAAACUGAAUACACCGUCACUAGUUAUUUUUAUUUAUUUUCUUCUGUUCAAUUUUAGUCAUGUAUUCUUGCAUUAUUAGGUGCGCUAUCCUGUACUAAAUUGCAUGUUUUCUACCACAUCCACUGAUCCACACGGAC